CUGUGGUUGUCUUUGUCAUUUCAAUUAUUUUUGAUGAAAUUUGAACAUUUGAACGUUGUGUUUGAAUUUAUAUUGAAAAGACGCGAAGUUAAUUUUGUUGCUUGAUUAAUUUUAGUUAGUGCAGAAAUAAUAACAAAAUGACCUCUGAAACUGCAAUGGAACCAUGGCUAUCAGAAAUUAUGCAGGGAAUAGAUGCUGUACUAAAAAGAAUCGACGAUAUAAUUGAUAAGGAUCAAAAACAAAUGAAAGAAUGUAAAAAAAGGUUUGAAAAAGAACACAAAAUUGCACAGGAAUCAAAAUUAAAUGAGGAAUUGACGCAGCAGCUUGCUGAAUUGUCCAAAAGGACAAAUGAAAUGGACAGAAUGUGUGAGAUGGUCAAAUCGAGACUGACUAUAGCCGAUAGCGAUAAGAACAGGCUGGAGAAUGCUAAGGAAGCAUAUCAAAUUGGGAAGGAGUUGACUGGCAUUCGUUUCGACUUUACUGCACCACCAAAUGUCGCUAAGGGCUAUAUAAAGAACAAGUCCCGGCGUCUCUUGCAGCCGUUCGAGUUACAAGCGGACAGCGAAAUGCUGUGGGAUCAACUGGGGUCAGCGUUCCCGAACCCACUCGCCGGGGUGGGGGAGAAAUAAGAGACGUGUGAUAAAUUGUGUUUUUUUUUGUGGAAUUAAAUUAUUUUAAACUAGCUGCGUAUAUCGUAAA